UCACAACUGGAAAAUGGACGCGGGAAAGCAGCAGCAGCAGCGGCGGCCCCCUCUGUUUAUGUGCCCAGGUUGAUGGAUCGAGUCAUUCCGUUUUUUCCUUCUUUACCACUAGACGUCUGGCGACCUCUGGACUCUCAAAGAAACGAGCUAGAUCCAGCACUCUCAACUGUGAAUGGAGACCCUCCUUUAUUUUUGUCGAGGUGAUAGACAUCGGCCAUUUUUGCCGUGCAGCGACCAGGAAAAAAAGGGUUAGGUGCCAUCAUCCCACAGGCACAUUUCUCUAAGAUAAUAUCCUAUUUGGAAGAAAAUGGCGUCCAUCACCUUAUCGACGACGAUGAUGUGUCUCUGGUUGUUUGUCGUGUCCGUUUGGGCGACACCGAUCCCGUCGAGUAGUGAACCGCCGCCGGUCCAUCAGCCGAGUGACUCGACGUCGUUCUUCAACUUGACGGUCCUGCACAUCAACGACAUUCACUGCCGUUUCGAGGAGGCCAACAAAUUCGGCGGGUCUUGCACACCUCAAGAGUCGGCCGCUGGCAAAUGUUUCGGCGGUUACGCUCGGCUGGUCCACCAAUCACGCGUCAUCCGCGAAGAGAAUCCCAACACGAUUUUCCUGGCCGCCGGCGAUUUCUUCCAGGGUACCAUCUGGUACACCAUCCACAAAUGGAAGGCCGUCAGCCGCUUUGGCAACUUGCUCAACCUAACGGCCAUGUCGCUUGGCAAUCACGAAUUUGAUGAUGGUGUCGACGGGCUUUUACCAUUCGUGGAAGCUGCCAACCAUCCGGUGAUGGCCGCCAAUAUCGACACCAGCGGCGAGCCGAGACUCGAUGGCAAAAUUCCCAAAUCGAAAGUUGUCCAAGUCGACGGACGCAAAGUUGGAAUCAUCGGUUACCUGACCCCAGAAACUUCGUACAUGUCCAGCACCGACGGAGUUCGAAUUUUCGACGAAAUUGAAGGCGUCCGACAAGAAGCCGAGCGUCUCAAAAAGGAAGGGGUCAACAUUCUCAUUGCAGUCGGUCACGCAGGUUAUCACAAGGACAUGCAGAUUGCCGAACAGGUUCCCGACAUCGACUUGGUGGUCGGCGGCCACACCAACACAUUUCUCUGGAAUGGUCCGGCUCCUUCGUCCGAAGAGCCGACUGGAUCGUAUCCAACUCUAGUCAAACAGCCGUCCGGCCGGAGUGUUCCCGUCGUUCAGGCAUUCGCGUUCGGCAAGUACCUGGGCAAUUUGAUGAUGACUUUUAACGAUGAUGGAGAAGUCAUCGCUACCGCCGGCCUGCCCAUUCUCAUGGACAAGAGCGUACCUCGAGAUCCUCACGUCGUCCAGGAAUUGAUCCCAUACCGAGAAGAGGUCGAGGCCCUGGCCGAGAAGGAAGUCGGCAAGACUCUCGUCUUCCUUAACGGAUCUCGACUGGCCUGUCGGCUGGCUGAAUGUAAUCUCGGCAGUUUCAUCGCCGACGCCUACGUCAAUUUGUUUACCAAAUUUGCCGGGCCCGGCCAGUGGAGUAAAGUUAGCAUCGCCCUAUUAAACAGCGGAGCAAUUCGCUCAUCGGUGGACGAACGAUCUCGAAAUGGGUCCAUCACGUACGGGAAUAUUCUGUCGGUGGCGCCUUUCCCCAACACUGUCGACGUCGUUAAAAUCAACGGCGAAACGUUGAAGAAAAUGCUGGAAUAUUCGGUCCAAGAUUACAACGCUUCCAACGACGAUCCGUUAGGUGGAUUCCUGCAAGUUUCUGGUAUCAACGUUGUCUACGACGUAUCACGACCCAAAGGUGACAGAGUGGUCCAAUUGUUGGCCCGGUGCAAUAAUUGCCGCAUGCCAGUUUAUCUUCCCGUCGAGCCAGAGGAAGUUUACGAUGUUGUCAUGUCCAGCUAUUUGGCCGGUGGUGGCGACGGUUACAAACUCCUCAAAGGCAACAUCAUCGAACACACCUUGACGGGAAUGUUGGACGCUGACACGAUCAUCACUUACAUGGCGAAGAUGUCGCCCAUCGUUGCGGGUUUGGAUCGCCGCAUCAGCUUCGUCAACGACACUAGCUACCGUUCGCUUUGCAGUCAAAUCCGGGACGGAGAUGAAAUCAAAACGUCGGGAUCGAUGAGCAGCACUUUGGGUGUCGCCAGUUCUACUGUAAAUCCCACCGUCUUAGCGACGAUCACCUCGCCCAUCACGGGGGAUGCGGACUCGACCCUCCAAGAUCCGGCGUCAACGUCCACCGUCCCGUCACUGCCCAGCGCAAUCACCGCCGCCAUGUAAAAGGGAAGAAGAAGAAGGAAAAAUUACGUGAUUUUUAGCUUAAAUGAAAUUGAGUUUUUUAACCUUCAAAGCAGUCUAAUCAUUUUUAAUUAUUAAUAUUACUGCCAUUAUUAUUUCGGUGCUCAAUUGAUUGAAUUAGAUUACGCACAAACAAUUUUCAACUGAGAUUAAACCCCAAAUUCUUGAGAAAUUCUCGGUUCACAGACACCAAGUUCACGGACUGGAAUUUACUACAAUCAAAUCUGAAUUCUUUUCCUUUUUUAGAAAUUGUGUUCGUGGAAAAAAUUGAAUGCAAUAAAUAAUCAAAAACGA